UAGAGGAUAACACUGUGUGUUGAAAAGAGAGAAUGGAGAGGCAAUUGCAAAUCCUUUGGGUCCCUGAGUGUUCUUGGGUCGUGUUCCCAAAUACCUUCACACACUUUCUUUCUCCUUGGGAUGUCCGCAACCAUCUCUCUCUCUCUCUUUACUGUGUCCAAUUUUUUUUGAGACUUUUCUUUUGGAGAUUUGUAUAUAUAUACCCCACUCAUGCAACAUCUCCUCUUGCAUCCUCAUCUCUUUCUCUGUCUGAGAUACCUCUGUUUUUGUCAGUUCUUUUCGUCUUUCUGAAGAUGGAAGAGUUAGAUUAUCAAACAAAACCAAGUUCUACUACCACACGCUUAAAACUCUUUGGCUUCAGCGUCUCUGAAGAUGAAGAACUUAUAGCUGACUCCAUUAAAACUACUUCUUCUUCUACUUCCCAAGACGCAGAAGCUGCUGGUGGUGGUGGUGGUGACAGUAGAAAAUACGAGUGCCACUACUGCUGUAGAGAAUUCGCCAAUUCACAAGCACUUGGUGGUCAUCAGAACGCACAUAAGAAGGAAAGACAGCAACUCAAGCGAGCCCAAAUGCAAGCAACCCGAAACGCAGCUGCAGCUGCUGUUUCCUUCGGUAGAAACCCCAUGAUCUCCGCUUUUGCCCCCCCACCUCAUCUCUUGGCUCCGCCUGGUCAAGUUGUGGUCCCGGCGGCAGCGCCUUCGUGGAUUUACUUGCCAAGGCCUGCAGCACCUUUCCACGUCUCGCAUGGAUGCGUGUUUCCCAGUGGAGGAGGAGGCGGUGGUGGUGGUGGUGGGAGUGGAUACGGUGGUGGGAGGGUGGUUGGUGGAUUGCCGUAUAGUGGCGGUGUAGGGGAUAUGAGUAAAUCAACUGGGCUGCAACCAGUGCUAAAUCGAGCCCAUACUGGGCGUGUAGAUGAGCUUAACGGCUCAGCGUCAUUGAGUAGGUUCUCGAAAGGGGACGGCGGGCCCACUUUUGAUGAAGCACUGGGCUUGGACUUGCAUCUUAGUCUUGCUCCAGCAGGGCCAUGACCCCCACUUUUUCUUCUGUACAUUUUUCACAUUUUAUUUAUUUAUUUAUUUUCUUCUUCUUA